UAAAUGUCAAAAAUAGAUUUUUGUUUACUUUUGUAAAAAUGUGUAUUUUUUAAUUUCCAAAUAAAAAUAAACCAUGAAUAACGUCUGUAGGACAUGUCUGAGCACUGCAAAUUUAUCCCCUCUUAAAGAGGACGAGAGUCUGCUAGAUAAAAUAGAAUUAAUAUCCUCCAUACGUAUUUCGUUAGAUAUUGCUGAUUAUCCUACUACAAUAUGUGACGAGUGUAUAGAUAAAUUGAAUCAAUUCUACUGCUUUAGAAAAGUAAUUAUAAACACGGAUAAUGAAUUAAAAGAAAAGAUCGAAUGUUUAACUUCCAAAGCUCCUGAGAAGAAACUUCCAAGUACAAAAAGAAAACGAACAUGUGAUAAAUCUAUAAAAACUAAAACGCCUAGGAAUAGAAGGAGAAUCAAUGUUAUACCAACUUCUAACCCAAAGGAUGACAUAAAGACUGAACCAGCAGAAAAUGACUCAUACAUAGGCAGACUUGUUAUUUGCGAACCAGAAAAUAUUAAAGAUGAUAAAACUGUGAAACAAGAAACAAAUCGAGAUGAAGUUACAGAUCAAACUUUAGAUUGUGUACAAUGUAAUUUAACAUUUGUUUCUGAAAAAGAAUUUAAUAUUCAUAAAAACUCUACUCAUAGAAAAUAUAACAAAAAACCAAAAACCUUAGAAUGCCCAGAGUGUAACGUAACAUUUAGUAAUCUAAAUCAACUGUCCAAUCACAAAAGAACCACACACACAGCACCAGGUAUCUGCAAUAUAUGCGGGGUUAUUGUUAGGGCCGAUAACUUGAAAAAACAUGUUCAAAAACACUCAGAGGGGCCUGUAUCUUGUAAAAUUUGUUCCAAAGUAUUGAAAAAUUCCGAAUCACUCAGGGGCCACCUGUUAAUACACAAAGGAACUUCAUAUGAAUGUGACCAAUGUGAAAAGACAUUUAGACUGAAAUCAGAAUAUCAUAGACAUUUAAAAAAACAUAUAGAUCCUAACGUUCGUAAGAAAAUGUGUACAAUAUGUGGCAAGCAUGUCAGAGAUCUACAAAGACAUUUGUUUACUCAUACAGGGGAGCGUCCUUAUAUUUGUAGCCAUUGUAAUAAAGGUCUAACUAGUUCUUAUGCUCUAAAAUUACACAUCAGACAACAUACAAAUGAAAAACCAUAUAUUUGUGAAUACUGUAGUAAAGCAUUUGCCCAAAAAAUUUCACUAGUAGCACAUCAUAAGUCUAAGAUUCAUAACUGUCAGGUUUAGUUAUUUUUUUGUUAUACAUUUUUAGCUUAGUGUAAAAGUUUUAUCAAUUUUGUUUUACUGGUAAUGGAUAUUUUCACCCCAUAAUUGAUUUUAAAAAGCUUAAACAAAAUGUCAAAUCCUAUUUAAAAAUUCAAAACCAGUGAAAACAUUUUAAUAUAUUUUUCCAGUAUUUAUCUUUACCAUGUGAAUUGUACAUA